AUGGUGCAGGAAGAGGCGGAGGCCAACGGCGUUCCGCGAAAGGCCGGACGAGGGAAGCGUCAGGCUGCGGCUGACCAGAAUGCGGCUGGUCCUUCCAACGAGACUGCAGCUACCAAGCGUCCACGUGGCCGACCGCCAAAGACCUCGCCGGAUGGGCCGCUCGCACCGACGCCCAUUGCACCCACGCCGGCUCGAAAAUUGCGCAAGGCCACGGCAGUGACGCCACCAGAGGCAGAAAUCCUUGCUGCCAGCAAAGAAGUGGCAGCCAAGUCCCCGAGAAUCCGCCGUACGAAGCGCUCCCGAAGCUCGUCUUCGAAAAGCCCAAAUGACACGGCAAGCGAGGAGCCAAAGCGUCGCCCAUCCAAGAAGGUGAGCCGUGGUCGGUCUAGGCACUCAUCGCACAGUCGCCAUGUCGGACCCGCUCGUAAAGAUCGAGGCCGUGGGAGCUCUUCUGCGUCGUCGGAAGCAAGCCACCCACGGAAGAGGCGCACCAGGAGCCACCGCCAUGUCCGGUCCAUUACGUCUUCUUCGACCAUGAGCCGGCGCUCGAAGCGUGGUAAGAAGCGACGCCACACCCGUAGUCGCUCGUCCUCGAGGCACGGUGGGAGGCACGGGAAGGCACGGAUGGCCCCGAGCAGCCGGUCAUCGUCUGUGCGCGGGAGGCGCACUAGGAUGGGCAAGACAUCCAAGGAUGGGAAGAAAAAGUAG